CUCAGCCUCCUCCACUACUCUGAGUCUGACUAUUGUCUGUGCAUAUAACUUCUCAGCUUUCUCGUUUCCUCUUGCAGAAUCGCAGAAGACGCCAAACUUAGCAAUGGCAAUUCAAUUGGCAGCUUUGCUAAGAACUAUUUUCUUUGUAUUGGGUUCUAUAAUGGUGGCCACUCUCAUCUACACUAUCUCCAUUGAUGGCCUCCCCUUUCGCAGAGACCUUCUCACCCCUUGGAUGGCUGCUACUUUGGUUGAUUUCUACAUCAACGUUGUACCGUUGGCGGCUUGGAUUUACUACAAGGAAUCAAACAGUAUUAGUGCAAUUAUUUGGAUAAUUCUCCUUGUAUGCCUUGGCAGCAUUGCUACUUGUGCCUACAUUUUCAUCCAAUUUCUUAAUUUGUCACCUGAAGAAUCUUUAAAAGACCCCAUUUACCAUGUUCUACUGCGGCAUGAAGAAAGGGAUGGAGUGGAAAAAAGGAGUAAGCACCCCCCAGUUGUAGUUGCAAGAAUUGCUUUCAGCAGUUUGGGUUGUUUAAUGUUGGGAACUUUGAUCUACACUUCUGUAACUGAUGGUUCUCCUUUUCGCAAAGAGGUCUUUACUCCGUGGAUGGUUGCAACAUUAGUUGACUUCUAUAUCAAUGUUGUGUCUAUUUCGGUUUGGUUUGUCUACAAGGAAUCAAGUUGGAUUCAUUCAUUGUUGUGGAUUACUUUAUUGGUAUGUGUUGGCAGCGUUGCAACUUGUGCCUACAUUGUCAUACAGCUUUUGCAGCUUGCUUCUCAAGAUCCUCUCUACCUAGUUUUAUUUGCUAAAGACAAAAAACAGGUAUGAGAACUUAGCAGUGGGAAAGCAAGGAAGGAAUUAGUCGACAUAAUCAGUUUAGAGCAAAAUGGUAUGCUUAUAGCUUUAGCUUCUGGUUUGUCGUUUCAAAUGUUAAUUAGCUGUCAAGUUGUUUGGCAGAUUGAAUAAUCUUAUCCUCAACAGGUUGAAGCAGUAUAAUUACAUUCUUAAAUACUCCUUGGAACAGUUUACUACAAAUGUUGAGUUUGAGAUUAUGGGCAAAUUUGUAAUAUUAUCCAUGUAUUAGAGUGUAUGAUUUCUUAUGAGAAUAUGUUCUUUGUUUACCCAAUAGUGAUAUUGCCAUUAAUUUGUUUCUUUCA